GUCAGUAGGAAAAGCCUCUCCAUUCUGAACAGCCAAAGAGAGUGUAAGAAUGGAAAACAUGAAAACUUGUCUAAUCUUUCUAUUCAUUGCACUGCUUGCCAUUUCAGCUAGAGCCGAGAAGGACUUCUCCUUUGAUUCUGCUGCACCUCCUGAAACCAAAUCAAGAUUUGCCAUGUUAGAUGAUGUACGAAUCUUGGCCAACGGACUGCUCCAGCUUGGACACGGUCUUAAAGACUUUGUUCAUAAGACAAAGGGGCAAAUGAAUGAUAUCUUCCAAAAACUGAACAUUUUUGAUAAGUCUUUUUAUGAGCUCUCACUGCAAACCAGUGAAAUCAAGGAAGAAGAAGAACAGCUGAGACAAACUACUGCCAGAUUGCAAAUCAACAAUGAAGAGAUAAAGAAUCUCUCUCAGGAGAUGAAUUCAAAGAUUGAAUACCUCAUACAAAACAAAAUCCAAUUGCAAGAAAAAGURUGGGGCUUAGAAGAUAAAGUCACUAAAUUGGCCACUAUUCAGCCUACAACGCAAGAGACAAAUGAAAUUUCUUCACUCAAAGCUUUUGUACAGCAGCAGGACAACCACAUUAAGCAACUCCUUAAAAUUGUAGAGGAUCAGCACGUACAGCUCGACAGACAGCACAACCAGAUCAUGGAGCUGGAGGACAAGUUAAACCACAUAGAGCUCCAGGAAAUCACUGAUAACUCCUUUCUUGUGGAUGAAGUGGAACCAGAGGUCAUUCCCUCCCUUGUACACAAUUCAACUGCUCUAACAUACAAAUUGGAUGGUGCUGCUCCUGACUGCACUGCUCUCUAUUAUAGUGGCAUCCGGUUCAAUGGUAUCUACACUAUUAAGCCCAACGGCUCAGAAGCUUUCGAUGUCUACUGUGAGAUGAAAUUCGGCACUUCUUGGACUGUAAUUCAGAACAGAAUAGAUGGAUCACUAGAUUUCAACCAAACCUGGGACACCUAUGAACAUGGUUUUGGAGACCUUAAGGGAGAAUUCUGGCUGGGCCUGAAUAAGACCUACUCCAUCACCACACAAGGCGACUACAUUUUACGGAUCGAGCUGCAGGACUGGAAAGACAACAAACGCUACAUUGAAUAUGCAUUCAGCUUGGGAGGCCCCGACACAAACUACACCCUGCAGCUCUCCCGGGUCUCCGGGAACAUCCCCAACGCGCUGCCUGAGCGGACGGAGCUGAAGUUCUCAACCACAGACCGGGACAUGGACGUAGCCACCAACUUCAACUGCCCGGAAAACUACCUAGGUGGCUGGUGGCRUAGUGAGUGCGAGGAAACCAAUCUCAAUGGGAAAUACGUCACACCAAGAUCAAGAGGAAGGCUGGACAGGAAAAAAGGCUUAUACUGGAAGCCUAAGAAAGGACGAUACUAUCUACUCAAGUCAACCAAAAUAAUGAUCCACCCAACAGAUUUAAAAGGUUUUGAUUGAAUGCUCAACUUCGUGCAUUUUAAUUCAGACUGAACAUUAAGUAUAACACGAACCUUAUGAUGUAAUAACAGCUGCGGGUCUAAAUCCAUACACUGUAUGUAUGGUGUAUUCUCCAAUGACAAACUCAGAGGCAUUUGCGAUGUCCUUGCAGUAGCUUUGRUGAGUAUUUUCACUAUCCCUACCCAAAUAUCAAUGUGCUGUAAGUUCAACUUGCCUGCGAUCAAACUCCAAUGCCUAGAGAUCAUAUACCUUUUCUUAUAUUAGGUAAUAUUGCUUGAUGAAAAGGAUUUUCAAGGUUGUGUAGGAGGGAACCAACAAAAUGUUUCAGUAAACAAAAUGGACUGUCAAAACCCUACAGAAAACAUCGGUAGGAAGAAAGAAUUUUGCUUUGUAAAGUAACUUAGUUUAUGUUUGGUUCACGGUACUGUUAUAGGAUGCUUCUGAGCAGAUGAAUAAGGGGUAAUUCUCCAUUUCAUGGUUCCAUGUAUAUCCAAACAAACUUCCAGCUGUGUAGGUCAGGUCAGUGUUCGCUGAAGCACUGUAGUUGUGCAGCUCCACAUGUGCUCACCCACAUAACACCAAAGCCAGAGCACACAGCUGAUCUUUUUAGAUAUCAUGCUUUGAAGAAUAACCUUAAGAACUAAUCUUCAAAGCAUACUGAAAUAAAGGAGAGCUUUUAUAUUCAUUUUCUUGGGACACUGAGCCAUCCCUUUGCUACCAMUUAGUAUACCUCACUAAGGAAUUAAAUGAAAGGACCAAGUAAGGACAUAACAAAAUACAUUUCAAACAGAGAACUGUUGAUAACCUGCACUUUUGAGACAACUCCGAAGCAAGGAGUGGUUCUGUCUAAUCUAUCCUGCAUGAAAAGACUGUAUGACAGUGUUAGUCUGCUCCUAAGAACAUUUACACAUUUGUUUCACUUUAUUCAGCUACAGAAUCCUAAGAGCUGACAUAUUUGUGGAUGGCCCACUGUGGAGGUUUUCCUGACAGAGACCUCAAUUCUGCAGUUAUAUUGAGUCAUAUUGACUUAU